AUGGCUGCAGCCACUAAUCCAGGAGUCACCUGCCAACGUGGGGAGGGCAUUUGGAUUCUCAUGAGAACAACUGUGGGCUACCUGGAGACAGGCAGGACACAAGGCAGGACAGGAGGAAGAAGGCUACAAGGGGCCCAGAGCCGGUGGAUGGGGGCCUGUGCAAGGCGCCGGGUUGGGACCCCGGAGCCUGGCAUCCUAGCAGGUGCAGUGUGGGGGUCCCGGCCACAGGUGCAUCUGAGGCUCAAGAACAACGGGCAGGCGUGGCCUCCAGGGGCGCCGGGGGCGGCUUGCGAGCAGGCACCUUCGUUUCACGCGCGACGAAAGAGCGAUUUAAAAAAGGGUGAUGUUGAGAAGGGCAAGAAGAUUUUUGUUCAGAAGUGUGCCCAGUGCCAUGCCGUGGAAAAGGGAGGCAAGCACAAGACUGGGCCAAAUCUCCAUGGUUUAUUUGGCCGAAAGACAGGCCAGGCCCCUGGAUUUUCUUUCUCAACAAGAAUAAAGAAUAAAGGCAUCACCUGGGGAGAGGAGACACUGAUGGAGUAUUUGGAGAAUCCCAAGAAGCAUCCUCGGACAGAAAUGAUCUUCACUGGCAUUAAGAAGACAGGGGAAAGAACAGACAUGAUAGCUUAUCUCAAAAAAUCUACUAAGGAGUAA